AUGGCCAGUUUCGAGGAAAUAGAUCGCCGGCUUACGAGAGACUUCAACGCUGCUGUUGAGCUUCUCCAACAAGACGAAUUUGAGAAGUGUAACGAUGCUUUGCGCAAUUUGCUCGCCGACUCCGACAUCUCUAGAUAUUACCGCAUCAGAUGUUACACAAUGCUUGCAGGUGGUUUGGAUGAUUUUCAUGAAGCAUACGCCUUUUACGUCAAGGGUGAAUCCCUUUGGCGUCUUACGGAGGCAUGGUUUCGUGUUUUCCCGACUCCGGCUGCGAAACAGACGCUGGAUGACCUUCGCGAGUGUUUGGAAGAGAUAAGGGAGGCUUUGCUCAACGACGAGCAACGACCCGAGACUGUGCCACUUCCCAACGUCGAGGUAGAUGUGCUUCGUGCUAUAGGAGCAUGCUAUGACGGAGUGGAGGAGGACCUUGAGAUCGCGGAGGUAGAGGAAAAGGCGUGGUCAGAGAACGAGAUGAGCGACGAGGACAUGGGCGGCGAAGAGGAAGUGAACGACAGGGAAACGAAGGCUGAGAUCGAGCAUAAAUUGGACGACAAAGAGGAGAGCGAGGCCCAGAGGGCUGGCGAAGAGCAGACAGCGCUACAGGGUCAAAAGCCAAAGGGCGAGAUGGUAUGUCUGAAAGCUACUGCUGUCACAGGGGUUGUGUUGACAUCGCGCAGGUGCUACCAUACCGUCCGCCACACAUACGCUGACCCAAUUUGGGUAGAGACAGGAAAAUCAUGUCAGAGAAGUCCUGAAGGCCACAUGCUUGAUCGAGCACCCAAGUUUGAGUCUACGAUAGACGCAGACCAGGUCAGGCUGGACAACCCAGCAUCUUUGUCGGCGUCUAGGAUAUCGAUCCCUACACACAACCUCUGUAAGACCUUCCUGUAG